GGAGCAUCCCGGGAGUUGUAGUUCGCAGCCCUGUUUGGCUGUGCAGAGGGGGGGCGAUGAGUGCAGCUCGGAGCGCCGUGCGAAGGAGUGCGAGGAACAGGGUGCUGGAAGGAGCCAGGGGCAAGGAGCAGAGUGGGCACAUAGCACAGCAGCCUGGUGAGGAUGUGAAGGCAAGGAGCUAUGGCAGAACUACAACUCCCAUGAUGCUUUGCCAGUGCUUGGCAUGCCAAUGCAUCCCUAGGAUUUGUAGCACUGCAGCAGCUGGUGAUCUAUUUUUUGCAUAACCCUGGGCUUCCUGGACUCAGAUCACUUCUUCAUGCUGAUGGGCAGGGCUUGAAAAGGGCUGAUCUGCCAUAUUCAGCAUUAAGGCUGUCCCUGUUCUAUUCCUCAUUGAUUCAUGAAUUCAUUCCCCUCCUGCAGCACAUGAAUCCUACACACUGUCCAUGCAUUAUGCAGCAAUACAUACACAAAGUGAGAAUUCAAAGUGAAAUUCAGAUUUAAGAGGCCAAAGUAGCUGAGCUGAAAGAAAAGCUGACUUAGAGAAUUUUUCCAGUUUGACUAUUCUGACCUUGAAUUUAAAAUUCACUUUGAAUUCUUUCUUUGGUAAAUAACCCUGCUGGGGGUGAAAUGUCUGCCAGAGAACUUGGUGGAUCUGGAAAUCCCAGCUGAGGCAGCUAAGGAUAAAAGGAUUAACCAGGGUUCUGAAUAGAGAGCUGUUGUGGUGCAGAGUUCUAAUGGUUUCCAUGGUGAUUGUACAUUUAGAACUCUCGAUUAUGCACAGGUACGGAUGGCCUGUUCCCUAACCACAGAUAUCACGAUCACUUCUAUAUAUCGAUGGGCAGCAGUUAAAAAGUGCUGGCGUGUUGUAUGCUGAAUUCAAAUCCUAUUGGGUAUUAAUGAACGCAUGGGAUUUAAAACCAAAUGCUAUGAAAGUGUAAGAUCUGUUUUUGUUUUACAGACUUUAUUUUUUUUUAUUUUACAUUUUUGUUGUGCAUAAUGAUCGUAACAUACAAGCUCGUGGUGCCCCAAUAGCAGUCCACAAGCAUAUUGUCAUGCAUCAUUAGGAGCAUUAGAGAAAUCAGGCACAUUUUUAAGUAUAAGAGAAGAUUAACAUUAGCAGGUACAAACGUUAAAGGACCACUAUAGUCACCCAGACCACAUCAGCUCAAUGAAGUGGUCUGGGUGCCAGAUCCCUCAGGUUUUAACCCUGCAGCUGUAAACAUAGAAGUUUCAGAGAAACUGCUAUGUUUACACACUGCAGGGUUAAUCCAGCCUCUAGUGGCUGUCUAUACUAGGUGCUUCUGCAAUGCUCAAUGCGAAAAUCGCAUUGAGAACGCAGAACGUCCAUAGGAAAGCAUUACUCUAUGGGCGGAUUGAAUGUGCGAGCAGCAUUCCGGCCCUGGAUUAUGGUAAGUGGCUGAAGGGAUUUUAACCCCUUCAGCCAGCGGGACGAGGGCCCUGAUUGUGGUGGGGACCUAAGGACUAUAUAGUGCCAGGAUAUAUGAUCCUUUAAACUAAGUGUUAUAACCGCAGCACUCGCGAGAUUUAGAGCAAAGCUCUGCUCUAAAUCUCAUGAGUGCCGUGGUCAUCAGAGCAUUGCCAUGGGUUACCAUGGCAACGCUCUGCGCGACUCACGACACCUAGACAGAGCAGUUGGGAAGUAAAGAUGGAGUUAAUUGAGAUAUAUAGCGUUAAUUGAGAUAUAUAUAUAUAUAUAUAUAUAUGUGUGUGUGUGCACAUAGGUAAUGUGUGGCCCGGGCACCCCAGGACCGCCGGGCCCAUGACAACCAUCAUGGUUGUCAUGCCCUGAUGGCGGCUAUGUUUAAAAUGAACAAUUGUUCACUAUUUAAUUGAGGAAUGAGACUCUUUAAUUGCAGAAUGGGCAACAAGGUAUUAGUUGAAAAAUAAUUCCUAUGCCAGUGAUGGCUAACUCUUGGCUGUUGUGAACUACAAUUCCCAUUGAUUCACAACAUUUUAAAGGAACACGUGAAUGUAGUGGUUAUGGUAGUUGAAGUGUUUCUUUAAAAGGUUUCUACACCGUUAGAACUCUGCCGUACUAGGACUGGUAAAUACCGUAAUAGGCCAUGGGGAAAACAGGAUUGGUGACAGAGAAGUUAAUGGUUUUCUUGGGAAUGCUUCUAGUGACUUGUAUGGAUUUGCUUUAAAAUGAGGUUAAAAUGGUGAAGGAAACAGCAGCAUGACUCCACCUGGCGCUGAUAGGGUUAUUUCUUGAUUUGCAGGUGGCAAUAAUGAUAAAAACUCUGGUGGGGAACCCAGGGCGAAAAGGCGGGUGCAGGUCGAAUAUGAGAAAACUGGGGGAAAUACAGAUAAAAAGCUUAAAUGGGAGCCAUCCAACUGGCGUCAGCACUUGGAGAAUAUCCGACAAAUGAGGAUCGCAAGGGAUGCCCCCGUAGAUCAGAUGGGAGCAGGGAAAUGUUUUGACCAAAGCGCUGCUCCGGAGGUAAUGGUUUCUAUGGCAAUGACAUGUAUACAAAGGAAAUAAAAUCUCUCGGUUCCAACGCCAAAAACAGUCAUCUCAGGAGACAGAAAGAUAGAGUCAGCAGACACAGAGAUAAAAACGUCUAAAGCAAGUUAACAUGUAUAUGAAAAUGAAACCAUUUUUUUUCAUGCACUUUGUGUCCGUCGCAGCCGGAGGAGGUGUGGCUAGAGCUGCAAGGACAGAAGCAAAAGUGUUUUCAUUCCUAAAUGGCAGAGAAUUGAACAGUGAGACUGCAGGGGCAUGAUCUAUACAACAGAACUGCCUUAUUAAGCUAAAGUUGUUUUGGUGCCUAUAGUGUCAUUUUAAAGGGACACACAUUCAAGCCCCUUCAAUCACUAGCAUUCUGAAUUGCUAUAUGUGUGAAGUGUGUGUGCUUUUUUUUUUCAAUUUACAUUCCAAUUGAAAUUUAGAAAUUGGCACUUUCAUAAAGCACCCUUGUUAAGUUGAAGAUGAUCAAGUAUGCUUCACCUAUGAAGGAGGGUAAAAUCCCUUUUACCACCACUACACCUGUGAAAAAAAAACGUAAAACCAUAAUGAGUAAUAAUGCUACAGUAAAGGGAUAUUUGGAGUGAGUACAUCUUUUUUAAUGCAUUAAAAUGGGUGGAUGGUAAAGUCUAGACUUGCGCACAGUGGGAAAAAAAAAUUGGUUUGAGAAAUGUUUGUUUUGGCCAACUGUAGUUUCGUCUAUGUGGUGUUUAGGGUCCAAAAAUGUGGACCAAUAUUGCUGCCAUCUUUGCUAUGGUUUCCUGCACAUCUGUAUACAUGCUGUUGAACGUUACAUGAAUUGUGCUGCCCAGCUGUAUGUAGCAUUCCUAUCCUGCCAUAGGACACAAAUCGGCGGCUUGCAUGGGCUCUGGGAGUAUAUAAUAAUGUUUUUUCCUGCUGGGGAGCGCUAUUUAUGUACCUCCCAACAGGUUUUUUGGAACACAUAGCUGGGAUGGAAAAAUGGCGCUCCAGUUAAAUUAUAUAAAUAACCAGCUCCCUAAUUGUAACGUUUCAUUUAUUUCCUCAACAUUAAAAUCAAUGUCGCUGCCCUGUGAUUGAGGUGCCUUUCCUUGAGUCCCGCAUUUGUCUGUUAAAAUGCUGAGAGAUACAUCUUGGGCGGCUGGAGAUCCCCUUCUUCUGUAAAACCACAGACUUUAAUAAAGUGACAAGAUUGGUUAAAUGUCACUAUUGUCACCAAAAAAAGCGACACACCAUCAGACUUCCCUAGUAAAAAGGGGCUAAUCUAUUUUAUUAGUACAAUUACAUAGGAAACCCGUCUAUUAAGGGUAGUACAGAGAAAUGGGAAAGUCCGUGAAUUAAAAAAAUACUUUAUUGUAUUACUUAAAAUCACUUUAGGAUCACACUAAACCACAAAGAAUAAAACACAAAACAAACCCCCCCCCCCCUCCAAAACCAGUGAAUAGACGAAGUGUUUUGGGGGCUUGGGGACCCCUAGUCACCUGGGGGAUGGAGUAUUUUGACAUUUAGGGCCCCCACCUGCCGCUCAUGGGUGGAGGCAGGGGGGGACAAUAGGUUCCCCCCAAUCUUUUAUGGCCCUCACCCUCCGCUCAUGGCUGGGGGCCAAGGGGGACCCUUUGUCCCCCGUUUAUUUGCAUAGCCCCCACUCGCGGGGCACUGGGGCGGACACUAUGUCCCCCCCCGCUAGUUAAUAGAUGCCCCACCAUGGGGCUACUUGUUGGAAGGGAGGGGGGUAAAACAGUGAGCAGCCACAGGCUGCCCACUGUUUAGUAGACAUGCCCCUACUCGCGGCAUAGCGAGUAGGGGCAUUCAGGAGAUUCCAAUCUCCCUUAUGCUAAUAUAGGGGCGGUUAUAUUGACCCCCAUAGAGUAAGUGAGGACAUGGGGGGCUUAGGAAGUGGCGGGGAGCACUGCUUCCUGCCGCUUCCAUCUUUACAUAUUACAAGGAUGGAGCUGCGAGCCGGCAGCUCCCUCCUUGUAAUAAACUGAACUAACAAACUAACACAGAUAUUCGGUCUUUGUUCGUGUGACAUUUCUAUUCAUUCCUUCGUCUUUCUGACGAAUGAAUAAAUAGACAAAGGUCCCAUUUGAAUGCCCAAGCUGGGCAUGCACAGGAAUUUAACAGCGCUAUCUAGUGUUGGCAGAUGACGUGUCCCACAGGGACGUCAUCUACCCACACAAAGAUGGCAGCACCCAGGACCUAGGUCCAGACACAAAAUAAAGAUUAAAAACUAGGUAAUAUGGGGGGCUUAGGGGCAUUUGAGGGUGGCUAGGGGGACAAUUAGAUGUAGUGGAGUCAGGAGGGGGGUUAAAAAAAAAACUUGAUUCGGCCAUGACGGUGCCGCUUAAACUCUCUCUAACACUUCUGGGAUUACUCUGUAAGCAAUGCUUCAUGAGCACAACAUGUUUUUUGGGGAACUUGUAGUUUAAUGAUCUACUUUCUACUAUAGAAGCUUAACAACAGAACUACAACCCCCAAAAACCCAAGUCAUGACGUCAUUCCGACUGAGAAAGCCUAUGUGUUUGGCAAAACACCUGUGAACAUCUACGCCGAGCACUAGUUGUGAUAAAUUGAUAAGUUUUUAUUUGGAUAUAUAUAGUCCUUUUGGCCUCACUGUUCAUCUGCCUCCUAAGAAGGGCUGUUCCCCCUUCACUGGCACAUCAGCUUACACACCCAGAGCCAGGUACCUUAGACUCUGAAUAAGGUGAGCAGUCAUCUGUAUAUUCUAGAUAUACGCCUAUUAUUGGACUAUAGGCAUAGGCCACCUUCGGCACUCUAGAUAUUUUGGACUACACCUCCCAUGAUGCUUUGCUAGCUUUAUGGGUGUAAGAGAAUUAUGGCGGAUGUAGUUCACAACAUCUGGAGUGCUGAAGGUUGCCUACCCCUGCACUAGGAGCUGUUGCUUCUUUCUACUUUUUAUUUGAGUAUACCUCACUGGACAUCAGACGAGGGAUGGUGUCACCAUAGUGCACUCUUGCUGUUGGGAUUUGAGCCGAUCCUAUUUGGCUGUAAACCAUGUGAGUUCAUCUAAUAUUCAUUAUACACACCCCAUUUCCAUUUGGUAUAUACACUAUAUUGCUUUUCCCCUUAUUGCAGCACUGGAUUUAUAUAUCUCAGUGUCUACACAGGGGUAAGUGUAUAUUUUCCACUAUAGAAGCUGUUGGUGGAUUUUGUUUUCCCCCAAGCCUGUUACCUGUCUUGGAUGAUAUUGGGUUGGGUGUGAGAGAUACCAGCCUUUUUUUAUAAAUUUUUUUGCACAGAACACUUUUGUAUAUUUACAAAUUGCAAAUUUAGGUCAGAAUAGUUACGUUGUUAAAGCUCUCCUACAAAGCUGUUUUUGCAGCUUGACUAUCUAGGCCGAUACAAUUCCUUUCCCCGUUCUCUUUGAUUCUCAGAUUAACCACAAAUGUUUCCACUGUAAAGGGAAGAUCUGUCUGCCGCACACAUGCUUUCUGUCCUAUGCCCCCAGCACCAGGAGGUCUCUGUGAUGGGAUCUUUUAUUUGGUACAGGUCUUUUUGAAGAUUCCAUGUUUGCUAUUUAUUGAUGUGGUUGACGUUUAUCUGGAAGGGCAGUAAAAUCGCAGCAUGUCUGCAAUGCUGGGUUACAGAUGCAGUAUGUGUUCAGAAACACGUCGGUGAUCCACUGAUUACUAAGGCCAAAGCUAUUUGGUGUGUUAUGGCAAAUAGUGGUGUUUACUAACAGACCUGCCACGUUUGCCCCAUGUCCCUUUAAGAGUGCAUUUUUUGCCCAAUGCCUGUUUAAAGUGUUUCUGUCUGCCAGGUCAAGCGCUAUCAAGUAUUGCUGUCCCUUAUGCUAUCCAGCCAGACGAGGGAUCAGGUAACAUCCGCGGCCAUGUGCAGAUUGCGGGAACACGGCUUGACAGUAAACAAGAUCCUGGAGACGGACGAUGACACCCUCGGAAAGCUUAUUUACCCCGUGGGUUUCUGGAAGGUCAGUGCGACUCAGGAAUAUUCUGACUUCCUAUCGUGUGUGUGAGUGAAUGCCCCCUUCACAGGGAUAAACACACACAUCUGUACAGAGUUUUAUGGCCGAACUGUUAAUAGGGUCAGCGUGCCCUCUAAGCAUUUUUGUGAGAGUCCGUCACUCAAAUAUCAAAGAAUGCCUUUUAAUUUACACCUGAACUAACCGAUCUCCCCAAAUACACAGUUAAAUCCCAGGGGGAUCAGUUUGUUCGAGCGUAGGUUAAAAGCCACUUUAUGCACUCGCCAGCUGAAAUGCAUGUGUGUACAAGUAUGGUAGAGAGUUCACUAAGAGGGUUAUUUACUAAAGUGAAUUAAAGGUUAAUUUCAAAGUUAAGGCCAAACGGAAAGCAUAGCUAAUUUAGUUAAUGUUUCACAUUUUGGCUAUUUUGACCUUAAAUUUGAAAUUCACUUUGAAUUCUCACUUUGGUGAUUAACCCUGUUAGUUGUCAGGAGUAGCUUUCUAACUUUGCAAACUGUUGAGCCACGACUCCCAUGAUUCCCAGACAGCCAUUGGCCUGGAGAGAAUUACGGGGUUUGUAGGUUAACUUCAAUUGCGGGCUACAGAUGUUUAUAAUCUAUGACAUCUGUGACAUCACUUCCUGCGUUAAUCACAGGAGCACAGUGUUUGACACAACAGUGAUUAACAGUUUUGAAGUAAUGGAUUACCUAAUAAUUAGAUGUGAUAAAGAGCAGAGCUGAUUUUCGGAAAAGGAAAAAAGUACUUAGACAAUGGAGAAGAUUUAUAAAUGUGUUAAUAGAAAAGUCAGGAAUUCAAAGUGAAUUUAAAAUUUUAGGCCAAGUCCAGAGAGUUAAUCUAUUUUGGCCUAAAAUUUGAAUUCCUGAUAAAUCCUAUUUUGGGUUUUGUGACCGUAAAAAACAUCACCAGCGGGGGCGGGGCCUGACCGCCGAGCUGGAUGGACGUGGGGCACCUCGGCUCCUCCAUGAAAUCCUAAUACCAAGCUCUAAAAUACUCUACCCCCCCAGAAAAAAACAUACACCAUGCAACUAGAAAGCAAAGGGGACCGAGCACAACUCUUGCCGUACAUACUGACCCCCGUCCUACCGGUGAUGCAGACUACUGGGCAGCUGGGAUUGCGGCCUGUCGCGAGGCUCUGGCGGGAGAUGCGGCCGGUCUCCCGUGCUUAGUCCGGCAGGACCUCUCACACGCCUACCGAGGGCCCCGUUCUCCCCCCCCCCCGUGGGCCGGGGGGUUUAUCCCGGACCCCACCGGGGAAGCAGUGACCACCCAUGAUGCUUGAGCGGCGAACCGAUCAACCAGAGACCGCAUGGCGAAAUCCAAGAUGGCCGCCACGUUCAUCACUAGAAUGUCUAGAAUUAUUACAGUUGAUCCUAUUCUGCAGACCCACAUGCAAACCAUCAAAUAUGAUUAUGCCUACCUGUCUGUUUAUCCAGCUAACCCAGAGACUCGCUGCCCCCUGGUGGUUAAAUUUAAAUCUAAGCAGUGAAGAAAUUCACAUCAUCUACCAUGUUUAGACUUACUAUGCAGAUACCUGUUAACCAAGAUAUUAUCAAAAAAUGUGCAUGUUUACUCCUUUACCUCAAAUGCUAUGCUUGAAAAGUUACUAGAGGACUGCCGUUGGGGUACCUCGAGCCAAAAUGUAUUCACUUCUAUGCACUGCAAAAAAAUACAAAAAUGAAAAUAAAAACAUCACCGGCAUCAUGGUGGCAACAAGAUAGCAGAUGGAGGAGUAAGUAUUUGCAUAAUAACCGAAAACAAAAAGAGUCACUCUCCCAAAUCCCUAUUCACAUCAUAAUAACUGGAGUUUUUUUUGUUUUUUUAAACUAUAGUGCUGGAAUAAAUGUUUAGUCAACCGGCCCCCCUCUCAGUGGAGACAAAAGGUGAAUUUACUAAUCUUUUCUCCCACCCUGGGUUCACUGCGUUUGGCCCCGCCUCCAUGGCGGAGAUCAUCAGUCUUGAUGAUCUCAGUCAAUCCAAUACUUUCUCAUAUAAAAGCAUUGAAAGGCUAUUGUGCAUGUGCCGCAAAAUGCAGCGCUGGGCCAAUGAGCAUCUCCUUGUAGAGAUGCAUCGAAUAAAUGCAUCUCUAUGGGAACGUUCAGCGCCUCUAUGCAGAGCUUGGAGACGUUGAACGUCAGUGCUGCACACUGUCUGAGUGGCUGCCACUAGAGGUGUACCCAGGCAGUAAUGUGCGUUUACAUUGAAAAGUCUGCAGGGAGAGGGUAAAGACACCCGAAUAACUACAUUAAGCUGUAGUAGUUCCGGUGACUACAGUGUCCCUUUAACCCCUUAAGGAAACAUGACAUGUGUGACAUGUCAUGAUUCCCUUUUAUUCCAGAAGUUUGGUACUUAAGGGGUUAAGUGUAAGCUCACCUGCCAUGACAAGGCAAAACCUUUUUUUUAGUUGAGUCGCUCUAACAAUUCACCUUGCUGCUUUAUACUAAAAGGUACAAACCUCAAAUUAAACAGUACGGGGUAUUUUUAUGAACCCCCUACACACUUUGUUUCAGUUCUAUGUAUUUGGGUUGGUGAAUACUAUAGCCAUUGCCGCUGCCCUAGAGUAGAGGGAGUUUAAGCGCACAACUUUAUUUUUCUGUGUUUGUAUUUUCUUUAUAACGCUUAAAGGACCACUAUAGGCACCCAGACCACUUCAGCUCCAUCAAGUGGUCUGAGUGCCAGUUCCCCCCAGUUUUAAGAAAACCACAACAAACAGUUCGGGAUAUGGCUGUGUAAAUCUACACAGAAGACAUAAAAUAAAACAUAGUGUGGUAUUGUAACAACACAAUUUCGUUAUGCGCAACAAUAUUUGCACUCACUAGAUGUAGACGCAUAACGAAAUUGUGAAGUUACAAUAUCACACUAUGUGUUAUUUUAUGUCUUCUCUGUAGAUUUACACAGCCAUAUCCCGAACUGUUUGUUGUGGAUUUCUAUAUAUGAUAUAGGUCGCUUCUGGCUAACGUCCUAGGGAGGCUGUUAUUCGUGAUCAAAAGUUAAGUACUACUCAUUGUAAAAUAUUUUACUAUUUGUGUUCUUCACCUUUUGGUGAUACAUUUGUUGGUUAUCUGUUUCCCCCCAGUUUUAACCCUGCAGUUGAAAACAUAGCUGUUUCAGAGAAAGUGCUAUGUUUACACUGCAGGGUUAAUCCAGCCCCUCGUGGCUGUCUCACUGACAGCCCCUAAAGGUGCUUCCGCGAUUCUCAGUGAGUAAAUCUCACUGAAAUCACGCUGGAUGCCCUUACGGAGUCCAGCAUCAAAUAAGAUCCCCAUAGGAAAGCAUUGAGUAAUGAUUUCCUAUGGGCGGGUUUGAAUGCGCGCACCUCUGGCCGCGCAUGCGCGUUCGGCUCCACUCUGGAGCUGAUGUCGGCAGGAGAGAAGAGGUCACCAGUGCCGGGGGGGGACAUAUUAACCCUAGAGUGCCAGGAAAACGGGUUUGUUUUCCUGGCACUAUAGGAUCCCUUUAAGUAAUUGCUAUAUAUUAAAUUUAUUGUGCUUAUAAAUCGUAUAUUCCUCAGAAAUCGAGGAAAGAAGUGGAAAGCAGGAAAGUGGAACAAUCGCCUUGGAAACCUACAGAAUAUUCUUGCGGAUUCCAUUGGUUUCCAUGGUAAUUGCUUCAAGUUUAGAACUGUGCCCUACUUUUUCUACUAACUUUUUUUUUUUUUUUUUUAAACAACUCAUGUUAUUAUGGAUAGAUAUAGUUUUUUUUAUGCUUGGAAAUGUAUAAAUAUAUUAAUAAAGUUCCAUUAUUUUGGUGAGAUGGGUGUAAUCUAAUGAAAGAUGGCACCAGAUUAACUGUUUUGUUGUCAUAUUUCAGAACAAAGUAAAAAACAUCAGACAAACAACGUUGAUCCUCCAGGAGAAGUACGGCGGGGAUAUCCCUGACAAUGUACCCGAGCUAGUGAAACUCCCCGGCGUGGGACCCAAAAUGGCACACCUGGUGAUGGACAUAGCAUGGAAUAAUGUAUCUGGAAUAGGUGCGUGUCUCUAGGUUUAUCCUAGUAGGUUUAGAGCCAUUCACAGGGACCUCGCUACCAUACCUGUAAUAUAGAGGUUAUUGCAUAUGGCUUUUGGGGCAUGGUCUUAACACGUACUGCCUUGACGUGGGAAUAACUGGACCUGCCGCAGAUGUAGAAAGUCAAUAGGUUUGGCUAAAACAUGUCAUGGUGUGUAGGACACGGCUUAGGGUCAAAUGAUCAACAUCACUUGCAGAUAUAGGAAUGACACUAGCGGAGGUGUGAUUACACCUCCAGCAGCCAAAGAGUUCUACUAGGUAUGUGCAGCAUUUGGAGGCGAAACACUAUCCUGCACAUACAAACUCCAGGCACCAUGACCACUUGAAAUCACUGAAUUGGUGAUGUGCUUGGAGUAAGCCUUUAUUGCUUUGAAUUUACAAUUUCUAAACCCUUGGUAUUAUCUGUGGGAUACCUUACUACCCAGUGGGGAAAUGGGAAGGUGUCUGUUGUGCAAACAGAACAAAACAGUCACAUUUUUUCUGCAGGGGUUGACGUACAUGUCCAUCGUAUUUCAAAUCGGCUUAGAUGGGUGAAGAAAGAAACGAAGACCCCUGAAGAGACGCGUAUGGCUCUGGAAGACUGGAUGCCCAGGUGAGCAUCUGUUGGUUCCUAAAAUAUAGAUGUUACAUGGGGCAAAGCAUGUAUGGGGAAAGGAAUGAGGCCACAUUGCAGUUCUGGAGACAUUUAUAAACCGCUCAGGCUUCUAUCUCGUGAUUUAUUAUACCAUCUCCAGAACAAUUUAAAAGAACACUAUAGCAUGAAGAAUACAGAUGUAUGUUGUUUGGACCACCCCCACCCCACCCGACGGUAAAGAAGGUAGAUUACUAGCCUUUUUAUCGAUGCCGCACUGCUUUCCCUGCAGGUGGCCCCUGCCUCCUUGACUGAGAUCAACAAUCUUUAGGACGCUAGUGCGCAUGCACGAUCAGACCAUCUGAUUGAAAUAGCCGAGUUUCAUUCCGCUAUUAUUAAACCCUGCAAUGUAAGUUUUACAUUGCAGGGUUAAAAGGAGAGGAACCUGCCACCUAGACCACUUCAUUGAAAUGAAGUGGUCUGGGUGCUUAUAGUGUCCCUUUUAUAACAUUAUGUUUCCAUAAUACAUGUAUCACAGUUAUAUAUUUUUUACACAAAAAAAAAAAAAAGAAAAUUUGUAAUGAGAUCUUUUUACAAGAGCGUUUUAUUUCAUAAACAAGAUAAGUCUUAACUUGCUCUGCACCACUCUCGUGCUUGUACUGUUUCUGCAGGGAUCUUUGGAGUGAGAUUAACUGGUUAUUAGUUGGAUUCGGCCAGCAGGUCUGCCAACCUACAUCCCCUCAAUGUACCAACUGCCUUAAUAAGGACAUCUGCCCGGGAGCAAAGAAAAAGUGAAGCCAACCGAGGACCACAACUGAUUGGGAAGAAAAGGAGUACAGCGGAACUGUUAAACCUUAAUAACCAGGAUUUUCCAAAAAUUACACGUGGCAAUGAAGAGGUUAAAUGCUGUCAUCAGCCAUUUUGGAGAGACUCUCCAUCUGUACCUUAGCUAUAGUUUAUAUUUUUCAAUAAAAACUUUUUUUUAAAUUAAAACAAGUUUUGAAUUUC